AUGCUCAGACUUGCAAACCAAGUGGUGGUAUCCGGUGAAGAAAACCGCCUCCAGGAGAAUGCAACCGUGAGAGCAACUCGGAUUGUUGUGUCCAAGGUGAUGGUGGUGGGCCGUCGGAGUGUGACAACCAAUACCACUCUGAUGACCCCAGUUGUGGCGCUGUCAAUUGGAUGGUACAAGGGAGGGGAUAGGUGCCACAAGUAUAUUACCAUCAAUGGAAAUGGGAGGAGUGUAAAGGCAAUGGUUGUGGAUGAGUGUGACUCUACUAUGGGGUGCGAUGGUGAUCAUGACUAUCAACCACCAUGCCCUAAUAAUAUUGUUGACGCUUCCAAAGCAGUGUGGAAGGCCUUAGGAGUAUCCGAGGAUAACUGGGGAGAUUUAGAUAUUACUUGGACAGAGUGA